AAAGCAGGUGACCCCUGAGAGAGGGAGAGGUUUACUUCGCACACGCGCUACCUUCUCAGCCGACUAGAAGCUUCACGGCGUUGCAGGAAAGUGCAGUGAACAUGAGUGGAAGGAAAAUUUUCGUUGCUAUUGAUGGCAGCAAACCAUCCGAUCUCGCCUUCAACUGGUGUCUGGACAACAUACACAGAGAAGGAGACCUAAUCUAUCUUGUGCAUUCAGCAGAAUACAAAGUGGACAUAGGACUUUCUGCAUUUGCAGGAAACUAUGAGAAUGUCACCAAGGAGUUCAAAGAAGAGGACGAACGUAUCAACACACUUAUUGGCAACUACAUUGAAGCAUGUAGAAAGAGACAAGUACAGGCCGUGGCAAAAAAGUUAACAGGAAUGAAGCCAGGGGAGGCAAUCAUCUCUGCUGCGGUUGAAGAAGGUGCCAAUAUGAUUAUCAUGGGUUCCAGAGGUCUAGGAAAGCUGCGGCGAACACUCAUGGGUUCAGUAAGCGAGUUUGUGGUUACCCAUGCUCCUCCAAGGUGUGCAGUUACCAUCCUGAGAGACUCUUAACUUAAUGCAUUUCUGAAGUGCUUAUGAUAUGUUGUCAGACAACAAAUCAUAAAGAUCAAAAUAGACCAUUGUAUAUUUUAAUGCAAGAAUAGGUAAAGAAUCGCAGAAAAAUUUCUUGGAGGCUAGAUGCACUUUGAAUUGUGGUUUAUUUGAAUGGAAAAAUUGAUGAUCGUUUCUUCACAUGGCAAUACAAGUAAUGCAGAAUAAACACAGAAUUUGGUAAAUUGUGUGCCAGUCACACAUUGGCUGUGGAAAAUGUAGUUUUAGCUUUUUUCUUUUUUGAAUGUACAUAUGUAACCACUUAUACUUUCUUGAUUAAGAUUUUUAAAAAGUAGUGACUAGUCAUUUGGUUUGUCACAUAGUUUAUUUUUGUUCCCCCCACUCCCCUGUUAUUGUGGUCCGGUGGCGCUACAGUCAGUUCCUGUAGUAACCAAUACAGUGACAGCUCACUGUCCUGGGUUCAGAUCUUGUUUUAGGCAUCUCAUUCUUUUUCUUUGUGAUACCUGUUUGCUGCUUUGCAGGGAUGUAACCUUAGUUUCUGGUUCGGCAUAAAACACCUCCCCUCCCCACCUCCAUUUUCCUCUUCCUCCAUCCAUCUGUAAGGGGUAGGUAAGAUGCAUCAGUUUUGGCUGUAUUAUAAUUAGUAUUUUAUUUUGUGGGAUUACAGAUCUGCAUUAUGCUACAGUUUUGGUAGCACGAAUUUCCAAAUCAAGUUUUUUAUACUGCUAAAUUUACUAAAUAGAAAAGAAACCUUACAUAGGUAUCAGUUCACCAGUUAAAGAAGUCUGUAUUGUGUUAUAUUACUUGGAAAUCAGUAAUCUUUGAACAAUCUGCACCUUUUGCUCUUUUUCCAAAAUGUUAAUAAUAACAAUCAAUAUAUAAAACAUCAGAUACUGUUUUUAUAGUGUUAUCUUAAUGUUGAUUAUUAUCUUAUCUAAAAUCUGUUAUACUGUGUAUGUUGACUAUGCAUAAUGUGAUAAAAAUGAGCUGAGCGUGAUCAUCUUUUCAACGCUAUGUUGCCAGAUUUUUGCAUUUUAUAUUGGGUAUUUGCUGUGCAUAUGAUGGUAUAUAUGCUAGAGUGUGCACAAAGGUGCACACACACAUUUGUAUACCAUUUCAAAUCAUUGGCCUGUUGUCAUAUAUUGAUAGCAAACUACCUGAUUAAUGUUGCGAGAGUACUUUUUUGCUUUGUUUUGUUUUGCUGUUGGUUUGUUUGUUUUUUUGACGUAAAAAAAGCUAUUUGAUUAUGCACAUUUAUUUAUUUUUUUGCCAAUGUUCUUCUUCUCCUGAUCUUUUAACUGGUGUUGGGGGACUAAAGUUGUAAGGUAGACAUGAGGGGAACAUGGCUUACAUUCGAAAAUAGUAAAAUUGUCACCACUCUUUGUUCCUGACCUGUGGGCCACCUGACAGGACUCCACACUGACUAGCACACUAACUUAACUGAGUAUUGCCUGUUUUCAUUAGUAUUUCCUUGACAAGAAGGCAUCCAUUUCAUGCAGAUGUUCUCAUUAGGAUGUAGAAAGAGUAAAAAUGCAUUGAUCAAACAAGUAUUCAAUGGCACCACAUUUAUUGUUUUUCAGCAUAAGUCCAUAUGAUACUUUUAGAUUCCAAUGUAGUUUGCAUUAUCAUGGUUUCUUGUAUACUAUACUUCCAUGCACAUUUUAAGCAUUUGUCUUUUUUCUUAGGACAGAACUGGGAGAUAGCAUAAGCUGCAGUUUAAAAACUUUCAGAUGAUAAUUUUAAGAAUUUCCUUAUGCUGUUUAUGUCAAAAUAAGACCAUGUCUGUGAACACAGAUUGUACCAUAGUGGGCUUCUGAUAUAGCAAGAGAGGAAGGCUAUGUGUAUGCGUACCAUAUGCUGCAGCCAUUAUCAGCUAAUUUGUUCACAUUUGCUCUAUUACUUUAGCAUGUCAUGGUUAUAAAUAGAGGAUGUUGGGAUAUGGUGAAAAAGAUAUACUCCCCAGACUCAUUUUUACAUAAACUCCACUAAAUAUAGUAAAGUAUGCAAUAAUUUUGUUUAAGUUUUUUGAAUAUAUUUGUAAGUCAAGAUAACUGAAAACAUUCCAAGUCUGAUUAGAUAAUAGUCCCAACUGGUUAUCUUGUCGCCCACUAAUCUCAACAGCCCCUACCGUUGUCCUUUGUGCCAGAACAGAAUUCCCAUAAAAACCCUUAGUUAUGAAUUGUAUGCCCUCUUUAUACUUUUUUAUACAAAGUUACACCCCAUUGUUGUGGAUCAUGUAUCAUAUGCACUCUUUAUUCUCUUUAUGCCCUCCUUUACCCUGGCCUCACAUAGAAUAGACCAUAGAAUAUUUGUGUUGAACAGAUAGCAAUGAGAUAGGACUGUGUAGUGAAAGAAGUGAUCAUGUGUGCAUUUGUUUGACAGGCGGAGUUGUGUCGCUAUGUGCACAGUCAGUUGGGGUAGUUACCAAAUUUAACUUUCUUUGACAAUCUUUUAUUCAUAAGUCUCAGAGGAAUUAAGGUAGUAAUGAUAAUUAUUUAGAAGAGCAUUUACUUAUAAAAACUACCACUAUAUGUUUCCAAUCUAGUUGCUUUUUUCUUUAUAUAGUUGCUGGCUUAGAGUAAAAUCCUGAUUCUCCUCCCCUCCCACAGCCAGGAUAUUUUUCAGGGUGUUAGUGAAAAUGUUUUUCUCUGCCAGUGAGGACUCUUGAGCUUUUCCUCUUUUUUUUUUUUUUUUUUAUUACUUUCAUAAUGGAGUAAUGCAAAUGGUUUAGCAGUGGGUUUCCCCCCUCAAAGUUUUGUGCACUAUAAUUCGCUUUUAUUUUGCAGCACUCUUCCAUAAAUCUGCAUUUCUUUCUGUAUCAGUACAUAUCCUGCUUAAAAGAAAUUAUUAUUUUCACUUGAAUCUAAGUUUUCAAAAAAUAAUCAUCUCAGAUCGGUUUUUUUUUUUGGUAUUGUAUUUUUUCCUGCUACAGACUUAUACAUGUUUACUGCCAAGUCUGUCAGCUGUCUAAGUCAUUAUCUUAUCAUUGAUCAGAAGUACUUGUAUUGUUGUAAGCUUCUCCUAUUUUAAUUUUUGUAUGUUUUUUCCUACUUUUUUAAUAGUAUUUCUAAUUUUAUAUUACGCUUAUUCAAGUAUAAACGCAAAGCAUGGAAACUUUUUUUUAAGGAUGAUUUUGGUGACGGUAGUCAGCACUUCAACAACACCGAUAGCAAAAUAGGGAGGGCUACCUCCCUUGCAUAGCAUCUUUAUGCACCUUUCUUUUUGACCUUUUGUUGUAUAUAUCCAGAAUAUUUUGCUUAAUUAAUAAGAUUUAUAACAUUGUUCAACACCAUUUUUGUGACCGAAAUGAAUGGAAAUAAAUAAUGCAUUAAGAUACA